UGUGUGACGAGCGAAGGGCUGACGGGUCCGGCUGUGUCCACUGUCCGUCCCUCUGUCCCUCUCACCCCUCUGUCCACUCCCGACUGUUCCCCUCCCUCCCCGCCCCGCCCGUACCGUUCUCUGCCGGCCCCGGGAGCCCGGUGUCCGCCAUCUUUGUCCCAGCAGCAGCGGCGGCGGCGGCUCGGCGGCCCGGCCUGCAGUGGAGCGGCGGCCCGGCCUGCAGUGGAGCGGCGGCGGCGGACGCGGACGGUGCUCUGGCGGCGGCGGUGACCUGACCUGACCUGACCGGACCUCCCGCGGCAGCCAUGGUGUGCUCGGCCAUUACCCUGUCGCUGGCCACUGUGGCCGGCGUGAUCUCUGUGGCGCUACUCGGCAUCGCCUUCGGUACAGACAACUGGAUGUACAUUCGCGUCGACCGAAAACAGAUACAGGAGGACAUUGCGAGCGGCGCCGGCUCGCUCUCCGAGGCCGACCAGGAGCGGUUCGAGUCGUCUGGCCUGUUCCGCUCGCGCACCCAGGGACUCUUCCGCACCUGCUACCCGGAGACCAAACCCAAAGGAGUGGAGCUAUACCUGAGUCCGGUGGAGACCUACUGUGAGAACAUCGACUACUACAUCCCCGAUGAGGAGAACCUCACGAAAUCGUUCUCAGAGGAGCGCAUGGCGAGGCUGCACAUGGCUCGCUCCAUGAUCGCGCUCUUCAUCGCCGCCUUCUUCUUCGUGUUCGUGGCCUUCUGGACGGGCGUGACGGGCUGCUGGCGCCGCUCACCGGGCAACAUAGGCACCACGGCCGCCCUGAUGCUGUUCGCAUGUCUCUUCUCGGCGGGUUCGAUGGGCCUGUGGCACGGAGUGCAGUACUACGAACAGAAGAAACUCAACGAGGCUCCCUUCUACCAGAGCUGGCCGCCGCUCGCGCAGAAGCACAGCCAUGCGGCGUUCGACUGGAGCUAUUUCCUGGCAUGGGUCGGCGUCGGAUGUUCGUUCUUCAGUUUCCUGUUUCUAGCUAUCGCCUCGUGUUGCCUGCGCUCUGAGCGAGCCAAGGCGACCGAGGUGGCCCAGUCUCAGCUGGUGAUGCCAGUUUACCCGACCAAGUCAUCCAACGGUGGUUACGGCCCCAACCCGGGCUAUGCCUACGCGGCCUCCUACAGCCAGCCGGGUCCCUACUACAGCGGCCAGCAGUACGCCUACAACUACUAAAACACCCCUGGCGCCACCUGCCGGACGCCUCCACAGCCACCAUUCUCAGAGAACUAGUGUCCCAAUGGGGAUGCGCCAAAACUGUGGUACGAUGGGGGUGAGCUGACAUCAGAGGUGGGAGCUGUGCGUCCCGACCGCACUGCGCCAUCACGCUGGUUUCACUGCCAGGAACCACUUGUGAACCGCGACACGCGAAACCGCCAUCGUCGCCAUCGUGUGGACGCUCUUCCGCUUCGCGAGGUGCGGUAACGGUGAUCCGCGCCACCUACCGUGGCCGGAGUUGGGACUGAAUGUUCUACGCACCUGGUGCCAGCCAGGUGCAAAGACGCCAUCGGUUCAGGGAACGUGCCCGCAGUCCAGACUUUCGCCCAGUUCCCUGCCCUGAGAGGAUGGGGCAGACGGCAGUGCGUGCGACACGGGACCGUCAUACCAAUGCCGAUGGUUGGUUGUGAUGUCUGAGCGUGAGGUGCGAUGCUGCAGCGCGCGAUGUAUGUGUAUAUGGAGAAAGCUCAACAACUCCCCAUAUAGGAACAAAAUGGAGGAAAGGGGGAGGUUGCAGGGAAAGCCUGGCGGGUGCGACAAGAGGAAUAAGCGUCGACAUCAAGAGAUGAUGGGAGACGAAGGUCUGUGCGCAAACUGCUUGUAUGUGUGCUAAUGCUCAAAUGCGAGCGUCGUGCGAUCGUGCGCACAGACAUGUAAGCAUGUAUGGACGUGGUGACAAGACAGCGCUCGUGUGCCGAGGUCGCGUGGUGCUGCGCUCCGACAACAGCAGCGAGAGUCGGAGUUGCGCUGUGGACCAGGCCAGGUUCGCCGCCACCAAAUUUGACUGGAACAUGAACAGCGAUGACAGCUACUGAAACGUGAACCAGACACAUCUCCAGCCGCUGAAGAUUUCUCCUUCACGUGUGAGGUUGCAUUAAAGCCGCCUUAGCCCUGUCGAACGGUCGUCAUGCGCGACAGUAGCUGCUCGAGGAGGCAAGACCGCCCCUCCCCCCCGAACUGCAGCUGCAAAUGAGCAAGGAUCUACUCCAAAGUGUCUGAGCGCACCACUGUUCUUCUGUCAGAGUGUCUGUGAGCCCAUGAGUGUCCUGUCAGAGUGCCUGUGAGCGUAUUAGCUAUUCUGUAUGAGUGUCUGGCCGUAUAGAAUACCUGUAUGAAGUCGCUCGAUAUCGAGAGAUCAUUAUCAUGUGACUGACAAGUGACAACCAUGAAUAGAAGCCAAUACAUCAACCCAACAUCCA